AGAAAAUUGACAUCACAGCUGCAAGAACAUAUAAAUAACCAACACGCUGCACUUCUGAUCGACUGCAGCAACAUCUCUGAAGGGAGCAUUCUACAGGCUCAGCUCCUCGAAAGGCGCAGCAGAAACUGGAUUUUGUAAAAUACACUGAGAAGCUCCUUUUAUAAAACGAUUCUGGGAACAUCUGAGAGAUUUUUCCUCUGCCUUUAACUGUGUUCACCACUUCUUUAAAAAACCAUGUGCACAGGAGGUUGUGCUAAGUGCCUGGGAACCACUCUUAUCCCCCUGGCUGUGCUAUGUACCCUCGCUAACAUUUUGCUGUUUUUCCCUGGAGGAAGAGUGAUUGAAAACAAUAAAAACAUUACAGAUGAAGUUUGGUAUUUCGGAGGGAUCGUGGGAUCUGGUGUAUUGAUGAUCUUUCCUGCCUUGGUAUUUCUGGGCCUUAAGAAUAAUGAUUGCUGUGGAUGCUGUGGUAAUGAGAGCUGUGGAAAGAGGUUUGCGAUGUUUUCUUCUAUAAUAUUUGCUGCAGUUGGAGUUCUGGGAGCUGGAUAUUGCUUUGUUUUGUCAGCAGUAGCCUUAAACAAAGGCCCCAAAUGUUACACUGGAACAGAGUGGACCUAUCCUUUCCAGGACGGGAAUUACCUCACUAACCACACACUGUGGAAUACAUGCCAGGCACCUGAAAACAUCAUUCCAUGGAACCUGACCCUUUUCUCCUUGCUGCUCGUCAUGAGUGGGAUCCAGGCAGUGCUCUGUGGCAUUCAGGUGGUGAAUGGCCUGUUGGGAACAAUCUGUGGGGACUGCACAUGUUGUGGAUGUUGCGGG